AUGCCUUCUGUCACCCGCACCCUCAUCCCCGCCGCCGGCCUCAUCGCCGUGGCCGUCGCUGGCUCUGUGAGCUGCCCUGCCAACUCUCCUCUGUCCUGCCACAAUAGCACUGCUGUUCAGGACACUUGCUGCUUCAUCCCUACCGGACAGCUUGUUCAGACCCAGUUCUGGGACUUCAGCCCCGCCACUGGCCCUAGCGACUCAUGGACCAUUCACGGUCUCUGGCCCGAUAACUGUGACGGCUCCUAUCCCGCCCAGUGCGAUGAUGACCGUGCCUACACCAACAUCACCGACAUCCUCUCCGACAAGGCCCCAGACACGCUCAGCUACAUGCAGACCUACUGGAAGGACUACAAGGGCGAUGAUGAGACCUUCUGGGAGCACGAAUGGGGCAAGCACGGUACCUGCAUCAGCACCCUGGAGCCCAGCUGCUACUCCAACUACCAGACCACGCAGGAAGCUGCCGACUUCUUCACUCGCACCGUCGGCCUCUUCAAGACUGUUCCCACUUACAGCUGGCUGGCCGCUGCUGGUAUUACUCCCUCUACCAGCAAGACCUACAGCCUGUCCACUAUCCAGGACGUCUUGACCAAGAAGCACGGCGCUGCUGUUACCCUCAAGUGCAAGAACAAGGUCAUCAACGAAGUGUGGUACCACUACAACGUUCGCGGUUCUCUUCAGACAGGCCAGUUCGUUGCCGCGGCCCCUGAUGGUGUCAAGGGCAACUGCCCCAGCACUGUCCAGUACAAGCCCAAGAACUAG